UUCCGUCCCUCAGACAACACAGCAUCCAUCCUCAUGGGCGCACGCGCUGCGUGAUCCACAUCACAAACCGACUGAGCGGCAGCUCUGCCGAACCUCAUGGAGUAGUAGGACUAGUAGUAGGUGGAGGUGGGCUGCCUUUUGUUACUCCUUCUCCUCCUUCCUGCAUGGAGUCGCCCUUUUUUUCCUGGAAUAUCGCUGCAUCCCUGCGCGAGUGAGCAUCUUUGAAUCCUAAGAGCACAAAGUCUCCUCACGGGAGACAAAAUGGCGUCCAACAACACUUUACGCAGCUACUCCAUCAUUCCCUGUUUCAUUUUUGUGGAGCUUGUCAUCAUGUCUGGCACAGUGCUACUGGCCUACUACAUGGAGUGCACGGACCUAUUCAGUGUGCACGUGCAGGGCUUCUUCUGUAACGACGCCGAGCUGAUGAAGCCGUACCCCGGCUUGGAGGAAUCCAGUUUCGUCCCUCCUCUUAUCCUCUACUGCGUGGUCGCUGCUGCUCCUACUGUAAUAAUCUUUAUUGGGGAGGUGUCCAUGUAUGUGAUGAAGUCAACAAGGGAAGCCCUCCUGUCCCAGGAGAAAACGAUAGUAACAGGAGACUGUUGUUACCUCAAUCCACUUAUUCGUCGCAUCAUUCGCUUUAUAGGUGUUUUUGCAUUCGGCCUGUUUGCCACAGACAUCUUCGUCAAUGCAGGCCAGGUAGUAACUGGAGGCCUCUCGCCUUACUUCCUGUCUGUCUGCAAGCCUAAUUACACUGGCACAGAGUGUCGGUUCAAUCACCAGUUUAUCGUCAAUGGAAACAUUUGCACUGGAAAUCCCAUUGUUGUAGAGAAUGCUCGCCGGUCGUUCCCGUCCAAGGAUGCUUCACUGAGCGUUUACUCUGCUGUGUACCUGACGAUGUACAUCACCAGCACAAUCAAGACCAAGUCCAGCCGUCUUGCCAAGCCCGUUCUCUGUCUGGGCACGCUCUGUUCAGCUUUCCUAACCGGCCUCAACCGAGUGUCUGAGUAUCGAAAUCACUGCUCAGAUGUUGUAGCUGGAUUUAUUCUGGGUUCAGCCAUUGCACUCUUUCUGGGCAUCUGUGUUGUGAACAACUUUAAAGGUGUUCAUAAUGCAGCAACUAAACAGAAGACGGAGGAAUACCGUGGUCUGCCAUUGAUGACUUUUCCCCGUGUAGAGAGCCCACUGGAGACCCUCAGCGCGCAGAACCACUCGGCAUCGAUGACGGAGGUCACAUGACUAAGGGGGCAGCACCGGGUCACGUUUGCGUCUCCACAGCACUUCCAGGCACAAUGACGAGGACGCAUGGCACGUGGCGCCGAUUGCAUACAACAACAAAAAAGAAAUCACUCCUGAUUUAUCUGUUUAAAUCACCUGGAGGACAGAAUACUCCAUGUUUGUAGUGGUUUUCAUUUAACUUGGCUAUUCUGUAUUCAACCAGCCAAGACCCACAAAUCUAACCGGUGCGAAAAUGUCACAAAGCCAACUUACUGUAAGCACAGGUUUUUUUUUAUUUUUUUAUUUUUUAUUUUCCCUCCAGCUAUCUGAAAUCCUUUGAAACAUGGUACUUCUUUUUGUCCUCCAGGGAUUACCGUUCGUAGUUAUGGGAUGGUGUUUUGUACGUUUUUGUAUGAGCGAGUGCCGUAGCCAAUCCUGACAAUGUCAAAAACCUGCACACUUCCUGUCAGUUUAUUCACUGUGUUACAUCACAUCCUGUCAGGUGAAAUGCCUCAUCGAUCACCACAUUCAUCCCACUCAGUAUGAAAACUCUAUGCUAUGGG